GUAAUUAAGUGAAGAAAAGUGUAUGGUAUAACCUUAAAGCGAGAGAAGGAGGAGAGAAUAUCGAAGAAAAAAUAUUUGUCAAAUUACAAGCAGUAAAGUGCAUUUAAUAAAAUUCAAUUAUACAAGAAAUUGCAUAAUUUCCUUGGCGACAAUGUUACAGCUACUACAUUAAUCUCAGCAAAAGAAAAGUUGUUACCUAUCCCUGAAAUCAAUUGUAACUAGGAGUCGCUCAAGUUCCACUCUCUUGCCAACAAUAUAAUGCAUCGUUAUCCUUGUGAGGGUUCAACAACGCACCGAUAGCAUGACCCGGGACGGAGAGAUACCCGCCAUCUUUAACCCGAAACGGGUACGCGCACCAUCCGUCGUCGUGACCGGUGACUCUCCGAAUGGUCCGUAUGGGGGCUUUAGUAAUGCGCUCAACGCAAGCAAUCCACAAAUCGCCCACCAAGACUCAAUUUCUUCGAGUCAACAAGAUCCUAGUGAGGUUAUAACAAUACAUCCAGACACACGGGAUGCUACGACACCAGUCGGUACGCAUCAAGGUUUGCGGCGUGCACUCGGCGCUGGUGGUGGGAGUUUUGUUGGUAGUUGUGGCAUAAGUGGCGUAGGUGGUCUUACUGGUGGUAUAAAUGAACCGGAUACACCGACAAUGGAGGCAGGACCAGAUGUCACUGAAGUACGUUUCCGUCGACUGAAAGCUUGUAGGGAGACGUGUUGUUCGGAACUUGCGAGAAAGAUGUAUUUUGGUGUUUGCGUCACCAUACUCGUCACCGCUUCAUGGGUUGGCGCAACGCAUUGCAUCAAAUUUCUUUACCUAAAUCGCAGCACCUACGCCAGUAUUACUACAGAGGACUUCGACAGCACAUCAAAUCGCGCCAUUGAAUUGGAUUUGGUCACAAAUAUUGACGAUGAUGAUCCCAAACAUCUGCUAGGUAUCAGUGAUAAUUCAUUAAGCGCCUCUGAGGUGGAGGAGGCUAAAAAAUUUCUGCAAGUCGCACCACCAACACUACCAGAGACAACCGUAUUUCGCGCGCCUUUCUUCGCAGCAUGGUUCUUCACGAAUUUUUCAUUUCUAUUUUUCCCCAUUUAUGUGCUGGGGCGCGUAUCAUUGCGCAAGUGCGACAAGCCAGGCGAAAUUUUGGGUGAUGUUUUGCGAGGUUUCCGCGAUCGUGGCUUCACAAUCGGUCGUUUUCUAAAUCGCUGCCUCUCCUUCUGCAUCCUCUGGCUGGUGACCACCUACCUAUAUACCAUGUCUCUGCGCGUACUUUUCGCCACCGAUGCCAUGGCGCUAUUCGCAACCAAUGUCGCUUGUGUCUAUCUGCUUUCAUGGGUCAUUCUUCAUGAACAAUUUGUCGGUGUACGGAUUGUUGCGGUCAUUUUAUGCGACACCGGCAUUGCGCUGCUUGCAUACAUGGAUGGCAUUACGGAAAGUCGCACGCUGAGCGGUGUUGUGCUGGCAACGCUGGGCGCUGCCGGUUACGCAGUCUUUAGGGUUAUGUUCCGCAAAGUGAUGGGCGAUCCACCGAUUGGCCAGAUUGCAUUUGCCUUUACUACGCUUGGAUUUCUCAAUGCGCUACUGCUGUGGCCCGUUUGCGUGGGACUCUACUUGGCUGGCUAUGAGAGUAUGCCGUCAGAUCGUAUGCCAUGGAUUAUUUUACUAAUUGCCAGUAUAUUGUUAUUGGUUUUUCACAUAUUAAUGCAAUUCAGCGCAGCGGUCACUUAUAAUAUGUUUGUAACGCUCGGUUUGAUAACAGCAGUACCAGUUUCAGGAGGUAAGUUGCGUUGGGGGUAUCUAUUAGGAACAUAA